AUGACUCAACCAAGAAUAUCACAACUCUCGGCUGUCAUCAUCGACAAUGGAUCAGGAUUGUGCAAAGCAGGGCUAUCUGGCGAGCAGGAACCAAGAGUGGUUGUUGCCACCAUAGUCGGCUAUCCCAAGUCCCGAUCCAUUAUGUUUGGCCCAGUUCAAAGGGGGAGCUACGUUGGCAAAGAAGCUCAGGACAAGAGAGGCAUCUUAUCUUUAAAAUACCCUGUGGAACAUGGGAUUGUAACAUCCUGGGAUGAUAUGGAGAAGAUAUGGAGGUACAUAUACAAACGUGGACUCCGGAUAAGGGCCUGGGAGAGGCCAGUACUGUUGACAGAAGCCCCGUUGAAUCCAGCGCCAAACAGAGAAACCAUGACCGAAAUCAUGUUUGAACAUUUCCAGGUGCCUGCAAUGUUUGUGGGGCUGCAAGCGAUGAUGGCCCUCUACGCAUCUGCUCAUACAACGGGCUUAGUCUUAGACAGCGGAGACGGUGUCACGUUGACAGUCCCCAUCUACAAAGGCCACUGCUUGCUUCAUGCCAUUUCUAGGAUGAAUUUUGCUGGCCGGGAUAUCACAAAAUAUUUAGCCACACUUCUCUUGGAGAGUGGGUACGCCUUUUUGAGCAGUUCUGAGAAGGAGAUAGUGAAGAACAUCAAGGAGAACCUGUGCUACAUCACUUCAGAUGCAGACCAUCAGAAGGAGAAAGGAUUGGUUCAUCAGUAUAUCCUCCCUGAUGGGAACCCUGUUCAGAUUGGAGACCAGCUCUUCCGAGCCCCAGAGUCCCUUUUUAACCCAACUGAUGCUGGACUCGCAGCACCUGGAAUCCACCAGAUGAUCUUGGACAGCAUUUCCAGAUGUGAUGGGAGCAUUCAUCAAGACAUCUGGAGGAAUGUGAUCAUGGCAGGUGGAUCCACGCUUUUCCCUGGUCUACAUGAAAGACUUCUGAAGGAGCUCCGGGCUCUUGCACCCAAGGGAUUUCCAGCCAAAGUUGAAGCACCAAAUGACAGGCUCUAUUCUGUGUGGAUCGGAGCCUCGGUGCUCACCAGUUUGCCUUCCUUUCAGAGCAUGUGGGUUACUCGGCAGGAAUACAAGGAGGUUGGUUCAACUGUACUGCAGAAGAAAUGCUUCUGA